AUGCUGAAUUCAGUUCGUUUUUACUCAGGAAAAAGUACCUUCAUCAAUUAUCUUGCAAAUUAUUUUAAACGUGGAUCUAUUGAUAAUCCAAGAGUUGCCAUUCCAACUCGUUUCCGUUCGACCAAUAUGGGUUACAAUCACAACGAGAACUUUGUUGCCGAUGUUACAAAAAGCAAAACUACAACGUGUUAUUCGUAUACAUUCGAACUACAAAGUGUCAAAUUUCAUAUUGUAGACACACCGGGCAUCAAUGACACCGGUGGUCUGUGUCAAGACAAUCAAAAUAUGGAAAACAUUUUGUCUUAUAUACAACGCCUGCCUGAAAUAACUGCUCUGAUUCUUGUGAUAAAUGGCGCGGUGUGCCGUGCUACGGUCAAUAUUUGUUAUGCACUUAGAAAAUUCCAAGAACGUUUGCCGGAUAUUAUUUACGGCAAUUUACUUAUUAUCUUGACUAAUUGUCAAAGUCAUUCGGUGAAUUUCAAUCCUGAAGACCUUGGCCUCUCGAAGGGGUGCGCAGUUUUCUACAUGCAAAAUUCAGCCUUUUCUACAGAUCCAAGAAAAUGGUCUCAACAAACGAGAGAUAUGUUGGAAAUAGAAUUUCAAAAGUCAAUGGAAACUUUCAAUUCUAUUGUCGGUACUCUAUGUCGCCUUGAAGGUCUGGCGAUAACAUGUUUCAAAGAUAUGAAUGAUAAUCGAAAUAAUAUCAAGCGAGAACUUCAUGCUGUACGCUUGAUGUUGCUGGAUCUACAAAAUAUGGAGGAUGAACUUAUUGGAUAUGAACUAUCAGCUCACAUUCAUUCCUCAAACGUGGAAAAAUUUCGUGAUUUUAUCCAAACGAAAACGAUUACCCGUCAUGUUGCGCAUCAAACAGGUCAUCAUUCAACAACGUGUAGCUCUUGUAACAAAGUUUGCCAUAAAAGCUGUAGCCCGGACGAGAAUUCCAAUGUUGGUAACAAUAUUCUACACGGUUGUUCCGCUAAGCAAGAUGGUUUCUGUAAAAUUUGUCGUUGUCCGAUAAGACUUCAUUACUAUAGCAGAAUUACAUACAAUGAUGAGAGAAGAACUAUUCAAGAAGCUAUUCGUGGUUUACAACAGCGCCACGAAGAUGCUAAAGCAGAAAAAGAAAAGGCAUUGUUGAAGUGCAACGCGAUCCAGGACGCGAAAAAAAUUGUUGACAAUGAAUUAAAGAACCAAUAUGAAAAGAUUAAAGAAAAUAUCGAAGAAUUACGGAAGACAUGUUCCAAGACGAGUGUUGUUAAUGAGUUGUAUGAUUUUAUCGUCUGUUUGAAGAACGAUGUUCAACAACUCAAACAACGAUCUGUGAUUAGAAAAGCUGAAGCAAUCAUUACCGAUCUUGAGAAACUAUGUAAAGGAUUCGAAAAUACUGAAACUCGUUCAAACAUAACCACAGAACCUCAACAGUCUGUUCCCACGCAUACAAAUACUCUAGAAGUACCAGCAACCCAACAGCCAGCUGAAGAAACCGGAGAUGAUGAGUGUCCUAGUACUGUACGUACUUCAGAGUCGGUACAAAAUCACCAAGCGUUGUCAAUCUGUUCGUCGUCGCAGACAAACGGCGAAGCAUCACAAAACAAUGUCAAAGAUGUUGCUAAAAUCAAAGCUCCAGGUGAAAUGAAUUUGAAUGCUUUCACUCUCAGUGAAUUGAUCGAGAUUAGUAAAGUAAAUAACAGUGCAGAUGUGCGAAAAGAAUUGAAUAACCGUAUUCAUGGCAAAACAGUGGGUUUGCUGUCAAAUCGUGAAUUGUUUAGUCUUUGUGAAAGUUUUGUUCAUUGUCGCAGUGAAAACGUACAAACAUUAUUGAAACAAAAAAAUCGGAUAGAAGAAGAUAUUAAUAAAGCAACCGAUUAUGAUCUAUUCCAAAUUGAAAAAGUGGAUCCAGAGACAUUGUUGCGUUUAGUCGCAGUCAACCUUCUAUUGUCUCCACCCGAUGAAGAAGAAGAAGAGCGCUGA